GCCUUAGCCUGCAAAGCGCGAACACACACUCUCUCUUCAUUCAAGUCAUGGCUUUCUCGCCCUUGUUAGUAGUUACUUUGAUCCUUGCCGUUACUUCCGCCGUCAGUUCAUGCUCGUCGUCGGACCGGGAGGCACUUCUGUCCUUCAGAGCCGCACUCACCGACCCUUACUUGGGCAUCUUCAACUCCUGGAAUGGCAGCGACUGUUGCCUCAACUGGUAUGGCGUUCAUUGUGAUCCCACCACCCACCGCAUCACCGACAUCAACCUCCGCGGCGAGUCUCAGGACCCGAUCUUCCUGAAGGCUGGCCGCUCCGGCUACCUUAAUGGAACAAUCUCGCCUGAGAUUUGCCGCCUUGAUAGCCUCACGAGUCUGGUCCUAGCGGACUGGAAGGGAAUCUUCGGGGAGAUUCCGUCCUGCAUUACCUCCCUCUCCUCCCUCCGCAUCCUCGACCUUGUCGGCAACAGCCUCACUGGCGAGAUUCCGACGGACAUCGGGAAGUUGCAGGACCUCACCAUUCUGAACCUAGCUUACAACGCUAUCACCGGCAAGAUCCCGGCGUCGAUCGUCACCCUCGCAAACCUCAGGCACCUUGACCUCAGUCGCAACCAGCUCACCGGCGAAGUUCCCUCCGAUUUCGGCAAGCUCCGCAUGCUGAGCCGCGCAUUGUUAGGCCAAAACCAGCUCACUGGUCCAAUUCCGACUUCCCUUUCCAACAUGAAACGCUUAGCGGACUUGGAUCUCUCGAUGAACCGGAUCUCCGGUUCUAUUCCGGACCAACUCGGCAAAAUGCGGGUCCUCUCCACCCUCACAUUGGAUUGCAAUUCACUUUCUGGUCAAAUACCUUCAAGUUUAUUAAGCAAUCGGGGCAUGGGCAUCCUAAACUUGAGCCGAAACAGUUUGGAAGGCUCCAUACCCAACGUAUUCGGGUCAAAAUCAUACUUCAUGGUAUUGGAUUUAUCCCACAACAAAUUAUCGGGUUCAAUACCCGUUUCGUUAGCAUCAUCCAAGUUCGUCGGCCACCUAGACUUCAGUAACAAUCACCUUUGUGGAACCAUCCCAAUCGGGUCUCCAUUUGAUCAUCUCGAUGCGCCAUCGUUUAGCAACAACAAUUGUUUGUGUGGGAACCCAUUGAGAGCUUGUUGAAGAGCACAAUCGGGCCCCCUAAUAAAACGGGUCGGGUUUUCAGGAUCAAGAAUGGCUUGUUGAUGAUGAUCUAUUAGGCCAGGGAUUAAAGUGCAAUUAAGUGUGAUGUAAAUCUUAAUGUUAUUGUGUUUUUAUUUAUUUAAUCAAGAGGAUAAGAUUAGAGAAAGGGCAUAUGCCUGCAUGUGCAUUAAGAUCAGAAGGGAUUGAUGAAAGAAAGAUGUUUUAGUGAUGAUGUGAGAGCAAAGGUCAAGAAAGUGAUGAAUAUUAUAGUGUGUGUGGCAUGUGAGGUUCACAGGUAGAUACUUUUUUUUUGUAAAAUAUUUGGAUUAUGAUGGAUUGGAUCCAUUAA